CCGGGCUCCCGACGCCCCGCCCCAGCCGCGGAGCCAAUGGGUGCGCGGACAGCCAGGCGGGCGGGGCGGGCGCGGCAGCGGCGGCGCGGAGACGGGCGCGGGCGGAGGGUGCGGGCAGACCGGGCGGACCGACCAUGGCUUCCAAGUGCCCAAAGUGCGACAAGACCGUGUACUUCGCUGAGAAGGUGAGCUCCCUGGGCAAGGACUGGCACAAGUUCUGCCUCAAGUGCGAGCGCUGCGGGAAGACGCUGACCCCCGGGGGCCACGCCGAGCACGACGGGAAGCCGUUCUGCCACAAGCCCUGCUAUGCCACGCUGUUCGGACCCAAAGGUGUGAAUAUUGGAGGUGCCGGCUCGUACAUCUAUGAGAAGCCCUCUGCCGAGGGCCCUCAGGUCACUGGCCCCAUCGAGGUUCCCGUGGCCAGAGCUGAGGAGCGUAAGGCGAGCGGCCCCCCCAAGGGGCCCAGCAAAGCCUCCAGCGUCACCACGUUCACCGGGGAACCCAACGUGUGUCCUCGCUGCAACAAGAGGGUCUACUUUGCUGAGAAGGUGACGUCUCUGGGCAAGGACUGGCACCGGCCGUGCCUGCGCUGCGAGCGCUGUGGGAAGACGCUGACUCCGGGCGGGCACGCGGAGCACGAUGGCCAGCCCUACUGCCACAAGCCGUGCUACGGAAUACUCUUUGGACCCAAGGGAGUCAACACUGGAGCCGUGGGCAGCUACAUCUAUGACAGGGACCCCGAGGGCAAAGUUCAGCCCUAGGUCCGCAGCCCCCUCCUCGGGGAAGGCGCCCAUCUGCUUCCUGCUGGCCCUGCCCCGGGGCUCACCGCUUGGCGCUGCAGGGGAGUGACAGCUGCCCAGUGCCACCUCAGCACAUCCUGCCUGCAAGUCCAGGGCCUGGUGCUGGGGGGGAGGAAGCCACCCUGGGCCAUUGAGAUGCGGUCCACCCGCCCCCCUCUGUUUUUCUGGCUGUGUCUGCCUUUGUGUCCCACCCUUUGUAUCCUUGUGGUUCCGUGUCUCUGUGGUCCCAUGUGUCUUUAUGUGUCCCCAUGUCUGUGUCUUGUAGCCCCUGUGUCCCCUGUGGCCCUGUGUGGGUCUCUGAGGUGGCCAUCCCACUCUCCCCCUCCUGCUGCCUGCCCCAUAGUGUUAUUUAUGCCCCCCUGCACCGGUGAUGGCCAUGGCCACACCUCUCAUGGUGUUCCAAGGGCAGAGGGCACCCCUGCCAGGUGCCCUCUGCCAUCUCCCACACUGCCUCGCAGGUGCUCACUCGCCACCCUCACGUGGUUCACACCCAAAUGCUGAGACUUUUGCUGCCAAUAAAAGGUUUGAAGACUGCA